CCGCCGCCGCCGCCCCCGGCCCUGGGCGCCGCGGCCGCCCCCGCCCCCGCCGCGACCCCCGCGACCCUUCAUGCGCUUCCCCUGCCCCCGGGCGCGCCGGGCCUGGAACAGGACUGCCACUGUUGAGUCUGUGGGAAUAUGAAUCAGCAGCAGCAGAGAAUGGCUGCAGUUGGGACAGACAAAGAGCUCAGUGACCUGCUGGACUUCAGUAUGAUGUUUCCCCUGCCAGUGGCUAAUGGAAAAAACAGACCCACGACCCUAGCGAGCACUCAGUUUGGAGGAUCAGGCUUGGAUGAAAGACCGGGAUCAGGUUCCUGGGGAACGGGAGAUCAAAACAGCUCCGCGUUUGACCAAGGAAGGAGCUACGGCGAAGGGCCCCACUACGGCGAGCACCGGGACAUGCCCUCCCACAACAGCAUCUCCUCGUCACCAUUCCUGGGAGCAGGGCUCGUGGGGAAGAGCAGUGACAGAGCCUCAUACUCCACGUUUGGAAGAGACACAGGGAUGCCAGGACUAAACCAGAGCGGGUUCCUGCCCAGCGAAAUGGGAAUCGCCAGCCCCGGCACUCUGUCCCCCACGGGGGGCAAAGGGGGGUCCCAGUAUUUCUCUUACCCCAACAAUCCUCGCAGGAGAGGUGCUGAGAGCAGCAUUGAUGGACAGCCCAAAAAGGUUCGGAAGGUGCCUCCUGGACUCCCCUCCUCGGUGUAUCCAUCCAACUCAGGUGAUGACUACAGCAGGGAUCCAGCUGGAUAUACUCCCUCAAAACCUCCCAGCACUGUGUAUCCUGGAGCCUUUUAUAUGGCAGAUGGACUCCAUAACUCGGCAGACCUGUGGAGUUCCCCGGGUGCCAUGAGCCAGUCGAGUUACGGUGCCAUGCUGGGCAGCUCCUCCUCCCCACUCCCACAGUCCAGUGGCUUCAACAGUUUACACCAGCACGAACGCAUGAACUACCAGCUGCAUUCAGGAGAGGUGAACGGGGCACUCCCCUCCGUGUCCGGCUUCUCCUCGGCCUCCACGCCCUACGGAGUGUCCAGUCACACGCCCCCGAUCAGCGGCACAGACAACAUGAUGGGUAACAGAGGAACCACAGCCGGGAGCUCUGGAGACGCGCUCGGGAAGGCACUGGCCUCGAUUUACUCCCCUGAUCACUCUAGCAAUAACUUCUCCUCAAACCCCUCCACACCGGUCGGCUCCCCGCAGGGGCUUGCAGGCACGUCGCAGUGGCCGCGGGCGAGCGGAGCGGGUGCCUUAUCUCCCAGCUAUGAAGGGAGCCUCCACACUUUGCAAAACAAAAUGGAAGACAGGUUGGACGAAGCCAUCCACGUGCUGAGGAACCACGCCGUGGGCCAGACCGCUGCCAUGCCCAGCAACCACGGGGACAUGCACGGGCUCCUGGGCUCGGCUCCCCCCCACAGCGCCGCCGUGGGCAGCCUGGGCCAGGCCUUCCCUGCCUCGGUCAUGGCCCUGGGCAACAGGCACCCCAGCCUGGUGGGAGGAGGUCACCCCGAAGAUGGCUUGUCCAGCAACCCCAGCUUGCUCCACAACCACGUCACGCUGCCAUCCCAGCCCAGCUCGCUCCCUGACCUCAGCAGGCAGCAGGACACGUACAGCGGUUUGUCCGGGGGGCUGGGGCGGAGCAGCGUCUCCUCGGGAACGAGCGAAAUAAAGAGGGAGGAGAAGGAGGACGAGGAGAACACGUCAGUGGCAGACAACUCAGAGGAGGAGAAGAAGGAGCUGAAACCCUCUAGGAACAGAACAAGGUGCUCUUUGAACAGUCAAGAUGAGGAUGAGGAGGACGAUCUUCUUCCCCCAGAGCAAAAAGCCGAGAGAGAGAGAGAAAGGAGGGUCGCCAAUAAUGCCCGUGAGCGCCUGCGGGUCCGGGACAUCAACGAGGCCUUUAAAGAGCUCGGACGCAUGUGCCAACUGCACCUAAACAGCGAAAAACCGCAGACCAAACUGCUAAUCCUACACCAGGCCGUAUCAGUCAUACUGAACCUGGAGCAACAAGUUAGAGAGCGCAACCUGAACCCUAAAGCAGCCUGCUUGAAGCGUCGGGAAGAGGAGAAAGUGUCCGGAGUGGUAGGAGACCCCCAGAUGACACUUUCAGCUUCACAUCCUGGUCUAGGAGACGGUCACAACCCUGUUGGACACAUGUAAAGUUGUAGGUCUCCCUGUUCCUCUGGCUACAGAGAUCUGUAGGAAGAAAGCCCUCGGUGUGACCUGCAACCUUCUUGAACCAUGGACUGUAGUACUGCUCAUACUGACACACGCAGACGGAUCCUGGUGUGACGUAAGGGGUGGAAAAAAAACACUUUGUCAAAAACAGAACGGAAACAAAAAAAUUGCCUUAAGUAUAAAGUGCAGAACAGUCAAUACAUAUCACUCAGUUAGGAGGGGGUGGCGUGUUCUCUUGGCUUGUUCACAAGCAGCCAGCAGCAAAAUUGUGCCUAAGCUUGAUAUUUCUUUUUUUUUUAAAAAAAAAAAAAAAGAACAUUAGUUAUGAGAUUUUUUAUGUAGAACAAAUAGCAAUGCCUUUUGGGUUUUUUUUAGCUUCUUUUGCAUAUGUUUUGUAAGCGACGAAAAGAAUUUUUUUUUUUUGUAUAAAAACAUGUCUUGUACCCUCCGCUUUUCUGCUGCUGUUUCUAUAGUUAACGUUGCAUCUUUAGGAUCAACCAGAAUAUUAAAAUUGUAUUAAGAGAGACUGGAUAUAAAGAGAGGAAUUCUCAGAUUCGGCUCGGAAAGCCACUAAAAGCGAAUGUAGCCACAGCAAGGGGAUGUUCUUCCUUGCCUGGCUUGUACCUUCCAUGACAAAAAAAAAAACAAACAAACUCACGUGCUGAAUUCACCAUCUCUUUUGCUUCGGCCACUUCUGAUUUGGGAAAAGGAAGUUAAACAGCAAAGCAAGCGGCAGCAGCGCCCCUUGCUCCUCCCGGGAGGCGACCGAGGUGCUCUGCGAGGUUUGCUUUAUUCCUGGAGAUCUGGCGUGGCACAGGAGGUGCCCCACGGCUGUCCCGGAGCUGCCGGGAGGGAGCAGGGGUGGAAGAGACCCAAGGCACUGGGGCACUUCCAGGCAAAGCGGAGCGGGAACACGGAUGCCCGAGGAAAGCCCGAGGUGGAGGGAAGAGCCUCUUCCCCACACGCCUGAGCUGUCGGAGGCAGUUCCAGGAGCAGCGCUGAACAAAGACCGAGUGAACAAAGCUGGAGCACUGGGAAGAGGCGGAGGCAGCAGCAGAACAUGGGGCCAGGCAGCCCGGUAUCCGGGGCAGGAAGAGACCUGGAACGUGGGCUCACUCCAGCCCUUGGCAAGCCAUGACCAGCAGCAGGAUCCCUUCUCCCUGCACUGGAGUCACCGCCACUGGAAGUGGAAAACACCACAGGCUCGGGGAGAGGGGCCUCACACUCUGCUGUCACCUCCUGUCACAUCUCCAGGGCAUCCUUGGAGGCAGACUGAGCUCGGCACGGGCUUCCCGUGGGGAUGUGAGUGGUAACUUCACCUGCCUGCGGGCUCCUCUCCGUGCUGGGAAGGAGGGAAGCGGGAGCACCUGCCCUGCAGGACGUGCUCCAGCAGCCAAGCUGGGCCAGCCAUGCCCCACUGCCAGGGAUUCCCAGUGCUGCUCCAGAGUGCUCAGCAGGAGGAAGAUCCCUGGCAGCCCCACUGGGUGGCACAGAGAGGUGGAGCAAACGAAGAGGUGCUGGGCAGUGCUGAGCUGCAGCAGCCGUUCUGGAGGUGGCCAUGGAAAAACAUCCGCCGGGAAUUUACUCUGGUUUCUUCCCUCUCCUUCCCCUUCUGAAACGUUCUGUGCCUGGUUCCUCCCAGCUCUGCAGGCAGAUGGGGCAGUUCCCCAGGGAGUGUGACAUCUGGAAUGUUCUUGGACUGGGGCCACAGCUGCCCAGAUGUGCCUGGCAGAGCCCAGUCAGACAGGACAGUGCUGGCCUGGGGGGGACGUGGGGACGAUGAGUACGGUAGGAUCCCCCCUCUCCCCUACAGGGUCCAUCUCUCCCCUCUGCUGCUCCAGCCUUUGCUCCUGGGGAAGCUGUGCUGCUUUGGCAAAGGGAAGGACUGGCAAACAGGACUGGGUUCUGUAGCACUUCCCAGCAAUCCCGGGCUUUGGCAUAACCUCCUGGUGCUCCUCUGUGCUCGUGGCUGCACUUUGUGCUCUGGCAAACCCUGCUGGAAGUGCUUAUCUCCCACCUCACCUGGGCACCGUGGCCUCAGCUCCAGCAGCAUCUCUGAGAGGAGCCAGUCCAAGUGCCAGGGCAGCACUGGGACUGUCCCCUGCCUUGGGGCUCCACAGCAUCCACCCUUAGCUCUGAAGCUUUCGGGUGCUCCUGGCUUUCCCCAGCUUGCUGCUCCCACCAUUCCUUCUGUGUGGGGAGACCUGAGACCACAGCAGCCCCCAGCUGUGUUCCCAGGAAGGCCAGGAAAAGUCAGCAGUUCCAGCAGCCCAGGUUCUUCUUGCCUGUGUCAACAGACUCAUUUUAGCCUAAUUAGCUCGCCAGGUUAUGACACUUCCCUCCUUUGGGUUCUUCUGGCUGCUGAAUCACGGGGCAGUGAGAUAGAUGAGGUUUCCCUCCACGUGUGACAGUCCUUGACUCCCAUUCGUGCUCUGGGGUUCAAAUGUGGGGGCUCAGCAGCUGCUUUUUGCAGCUGUGAGAGGUGGCUUCAUCCCAUGAGAAUUCCUGCGCCAUGGGUGGGACAGUGAUGGGACUGCAGGGCUUUCACUGCCCAGGGUUUUCAGCUGGCUCAGUGCCCCUGCCCCAGGAGUGGGAGGGAUGGAGCAGUGUCCCAGAUCUGGCAAGCCUGAAACCCUACAAAAAAAAUUUAAAGUGCUUCCCAAACCCUUUGAUUCUGCCACAAGAAUUGAAGGCAGCAAUCGUGGACAACUGGACUUACAGAGACUAGUCAAGAAAAAUCCAGAAACUCAACAAAAUUGGAAAUUUGAGAAGAUUCAUGAGUUGUUCAAAAUUUUUCCUGAACUUCUUCAUCCCCUCCAAGUCCUGCAGGCCAGGGGGGAUUCGUGAUAAGCCAGAGCCUUUCCCACCAUCCCCAAACUCCCAGGCAUUGUGACAGAGAUGGGGCUUUUCAGCUGCAUUGCAGUGGUUGAGAUGCUGUUUUCUUGAUGGCAAACCCAGGCAACUUCCUUCCUUGGCAAGGCCUGGGUGAAGAUCCUUGAGCACAAACCCUCUAGAGCCAGGAUUUGGAGGAGAUCUGGGUUCCUCCAGCUCAAAAGCACAGUGUGGGGGUGGCAGUGCUGUGCCACCUUGAUGGCACGGCUUUGUGUGCCAGCCCAGUGUGGCCUCGGUGGCAUCUCUGCUUUCCAAGUGCUACAGGGCAAUUGGGAAGUGCAGCAAGGAAAAAUUCCUUUGGCUUCCCAGCGUGUUUGGUUCGGUAUGAAUGAGGUGCCUGUAACCUGCCAGGGAAAGUGGCUGUUCUAAAAAUGAGCACUAUCGGGUGCAGUCCCCAAAAUACCACCCUGAAAUGUCACCCUGUGGCAAUGAAACUCUUUUCUUUAGGUGUCAUGCUCACUGAGGGACAGGUCAGGGCUGUGCUGGCAUUCCACUUGGGAUCUUCACAGAUCCCCAGACCUGCUUCUCUGCCUGCCUGCAUGUCCCCCACACCCAUAGUGCUGCCAAGAGAGGUGUCCCAGGUGGGUGACAGACUGUAGAGUGCCAUUUAUUCAGUUUUCUGCUUCCUCUCUCAGCCCUGCAUGCACAGGUGCUCCUGGGCCACCUGCCCCUCCUCGCUGGGGGCCACAGAGCCCCCCCAAAGCUUCCAUCAUCAGACAGGGGAUCGAGGGGCUGCCUUCCCCUCUGUGCAGCUUCUAGUUUCUCUUUUCCCAGGCUGUAUCCCAGUCAAGCAGCAGAACUGGAUUCCCAUCUGCCUUGGGACACUCCUUAUGUGGCAAGGACAGUCCUGGAGUGCAGUCCUGGGGUCCCCAGCCCCAGGGGUCUGCCCUUCCUCCCCCCCAGCCAACCCCCUGCCUCCCUGCAUGAGCUGUUCGUGCCACGGUGCUGAGGAGUGUCUGGAAUCCGGUUUAUUAACAGUGAGAUUGCAGGUAUUUGUUCUUUCUCCCUUUUCACCUCCUUUUACCCCAGAGCAAAGCAGCUGCAGCCCCCCCAGGUCUUUACCUUCCUGGGCUUGUGCUGGGGCAGUGGUGUCAGCCUGCCUGCUCCUGCUGCUCCUGCUCCUGCUGUUGAUGUUGCUGCUGCUGCUGCUGCUGCUGCUGCUGCUGCUCACAGCCCAGGGAGCAGAAUUCCAGCUGUUUGCAGCCACCUUCCUGCCACCACUCCCUAGUCAGACCAACUCACAGCCAAGCAACUGCGGUUCCAGGGUCAGUGCAGAACCUGCUCUUGAAGGUCCUUUGUGCUCCCCCAGUGUCCCCACUGGAGCCAGCAGAGCCUUUGGGCCCUCGGCCCUCAUGGAGUGAUUCCCCACAUCCUCCCCUCAGCUGGUUGGGGGGGGCUUGAGAAACAAGAGGUUUUGGAACCCCCAACCCCUGCACCCCCUGAGCUUUGCUGCCAACUUUGGGGCCAGUGGAGCCCAAGAUCCUCUUGCAGGCCCUGCUCUGUUCUAGUGAGGACUCUGGGCCAGCUCCAGUCUCAGCAAAGCCCUGGCCUGGGCUUUGGGAUGUGAAGCAAAGCUGGGGCUGGAGUUGGGCCAGGACAAGCCAUCAGCCCCUCCUGCAGUGCUGGCUAACCCAGAGCAAGCUGUGCCCACUGGACUGCCCCGUUCCUGCCCGACACCAGCAAUAGCAAGGCCUGUUUUCUGUCCCCCAAGCUUGCACAAGGUCUUUGCCCUGUUAAAUCCUAUGCAACCCCCUCUCCUCUCACCAGGACUCUCCAGGUCCCAGCCCAGCCCAUUCUCUCUGCCCUUGUCCCAUGACUGCUGAGUUCUCCCUCCCUGCUGCUCUCAGAGUCCACCUUUAUUUCUAGCAGCUCCAAAAGCAUUCCAAGUCCUGUGCCCUGGAGCUGGGAAGGGGUAGAUGAGGGCUGAGACCGCAGGAACACCUCUUCCAAGUCAUUCUGUGGGAGCUGAGCACUCAAUUGGAGGGGGCAAGGCCUGGGGCCCCCCCACACCCCCUUCACCCUCCCGUGCCUUCUGCUCGCUGCCAUCCUUCACCCCCCUGCCCUGAAGGGAGAAGUUGAGUCCCACCACGUUGCUGCCCGGGCUGUUCUCUUAACACCUGAGCCUCAGGCUUGGCUUGGCUGCUCCCCCUUCAGCCCCCCCAAGCCUGAAGGAGUGUUUCCCUGUCUCCCCUGCUCCUCAGUCUCUCCAGCCAGCACCUCUGAGCUGUUUGCCUUUGCAAGGGGUCACCAGCUGGGGUGGAGGCAGGAGGAUUCAGGAGGUCAGUCCCACACCAUGGCUGCCUCUCCCUGCAGGUGUGGGGGGAUCUGGUGCUCUGUACUUUGGUUUUCAGGGCAAUUCAGCCCUUCCUGGGAGCCAGCCCUGCCAUGCCUUGGCCUGCAGGACUCCCACAGGAGGGUGGGCUCUGGUUAGGAGGGUGGUGCAGUCUCCAGGUGUUCUGCCAAAACCUUUUGUGCCCGUCCUGCAGCCCAGCCCAGGGCAGGAGGCAGUCCUGCUGUGCUCUCCUCGCUGGUAUUACUGUUCCCCUGGCUUUGUCCAUCUCCUGCUCCUUGGGGCUCUCAGGUCCCACCCUGGCCCAGCCAAGCACCUGCCAUGAUGGAGGGCCAAAGUUUGACACUCCCCCCGCUCCAUCUCAUCUCAUCUCAUCUCAUCUCAUCUCAUCUCAUCUCAUCUCAUCUCAUCUCAUCUCAUCUCAGCUGUGGCACCAGCACAGGAGAGCAGAGGGGCUUUUUUGCUUCCAAACGGGGUGUUCUGGUACCAAGAGCAUCCCCACGCCCUGCAUGCCUGGGCUGUGCUUGGGUCAGCCCUGCUGCUCCUCGGGGCAGCAAGCUGGGACACCACAGGUCCCCCUUCCCAGUGCCAUCCACGUCUUCCCAAAUCACUCAGACCCACCAGCUUUGGAGCAAACCUUGGAACGUGGGGCCUCUUGGGCAGGGAAGGAGCCGCGGGAAGCCUCGCACCAGCCGUGGUGACUGUGCCAGGAGAGGGGAAAGAGGCACCUGGAGAGGCAGGGGGUGAUCCUGGGGGUGAUCCCAAGCCCAUGCUUGGGAAUGACCCGUUGGGAGUGGAGGGCUCCAGCUCUUGGGAAUGACCCGUUGGGAGUGGGGGGCUCCAGCUCGCUGGGGAAACAAAGCAUUCUUGGGAUGCUCUUUCUCUAUAUUUUUGUAGGAUGGGGGGUGGGAGAGCAGAUGGGAGAUGCCUGCGGAAGUUGUUUAUUUUUAACCCUGGUUGGUUUUGGUUUUUGGCCUUUAAAAAAAAAAAAAAAAAAGAAAUGGUCCUUGCUUUUGAUGUUUAUGCUGCCUACCUGUAAAUCCAGAUGUACUUAAGUGGCUGAAAUCCUUGUUCUUAAAUCAGAUACACAUUAUAGUUUUGAACUAUAUAUAUAGUAAAUAUAUAUAUAUAUAUGCCUAACCCAGCAAAAAAAAAAAAAAAAAAUAAAGUAUUUGGGGGUGGGAAAUGCGUUGCUCUUUGAAAUGAAUCACAAUUGGGGGAUGAAAUUGUGUUUCUGAGUGCCUCAAGAUAUGAAUUGUUUUCAUUUUUUUAAAUAAUUUUAUACAAGUGUCAAAACAGCUGGCUGGAUUAUUUGGAAUUUUUAAAUAAUCCUAACUUUUUUAAAGUAGAUUUUGAGAACUGUCCUGUAUAUAACAGUAAUGUAGCAAUAAAUGUGACAUUUUAUAACAAUA